UGUUGUCGGCUCACACUAAAAUAGGUUAUGAAUUUUGAAGGGACUGUGUUUAGGCUUCUCGAAAAGAAGGCCAAAGUGCAGCCGCAUAAUUCAUCGUUUGAUUGAAAUAACCGGGGUCCAAUUAUUAGUGAUUGAUAAUAUUCAAGAAAGAGCACCAACAUGACGGCAGUAACGCCCGGGCGUGUGGUCAACCGGUCGAUCACCAUCAAUCGUCCGAUUGAUAUGACAUUGAACCUCGAUUGUAUCGAGGAACCCCUUUCCGAGGCUCAACUCGCCUUUAAAUCUCGAAUUCAAGAAGACUACGAUCGUGUGAUAGCAACUCUCGAUGAAAUAAUUAAGAAAGACAGCGGUCAACUGCUAACGCAAACCAGCACCGUAAGUGGCUAUCAAUAUUCACUUGGUCCUGGUACGUCAUCUAUCCUGAAGCAGACGACUAUAAAUCAAUCGCAAACCGCCAAAUCAAUUAAGCUCAAUGUUUUAAACAAUUCUAACACCCCCCAAGGCAAUCUCCAACUAGUAAUGGAUCCCCGAAUGGGUUUAAUUCUCAAUACGGUAGCCCAAAAUACGACAUCUACUUCGACACUAUCGUCCCAAGCCCCAAAAGUCCAUCAGGCCCAUUCAGUAACUGAGAAUACCUCAGUUACUCAACCCACCAGUCAAUUUACCCGUGCAACACGUCAGAACACGAUUCGAGCGAAAAUCCUUCAGAUUCAACAGCCCGAUGUGAUCGAGGAGCAUCCGCCACCUUCGGAAUCCGCUCUUCCAGCACCUGUUGUUCCUGCUGCCACUCCCGUAGCCGCUCUAAAAGCUCCUCCACCCUGUACUUCGUCCCAUACCCCGGUUCAAAGCUUCAACUCAUCAAAAGUCAAGCCACCCCAACGAACAGCCGUCGUUGUUAGGCCAACAGAGCAAACCUGCAUUGGUGGCAUUGCAGUUGGUAACAAAAACAAUUCAGACAGCAUCGAUGAAUCAAAACGUCAUCUUCCCGAUGGACGUGAGAUUGCCUUCAAUAAGAUGAAUGGAGGAAGAACAUUUCCAUCUCUGGUGGUUGUAGCAAGGCCCUUUUUGAGAAGUAAGGAAGUCUCACCGCAGACAAUUUCGAAAGAACGCAAUGAGUUGGAUGCCAAAGUGAAGAAUGUACUGAUGUUCUCAGCAACGAGAUUUGCUGAGUGGUUAAUACAGCAGGGAUUGGUCAAGUCGGAGCAAUACUGUGAUCAACAUGGCAGCCAAAAGUCGAAACUCAAGCUGGGAAUGUACAGCCACUGCGGCUCCUUUCCAUACUCCGGGGGUUAUGUUUGGAUAUCCAGUUGUUGUCCAGAUCGAUUUGUCUCGGUUUUUUCUGGAUCAAUUUUUCAGGGAGCUCCUCACACACCUUCAGUCUUACUUAAACUUAUCUAUCAUUGGUCUUGUCAAACUAAUGUACAGAAUGUUGUCUCCUGGGUGAAGAUUUCCAAUGUCUACGUCAAGAAUUUCUACACAAAUUUGAGAAGUGUUUGUACAGCUGCUGUUUGGGACAAGAGUUCAUUGAUCGGUGGAAAAGGAAGAAGCAUUCAAGUGGGAGUUAUAAGUCUUGGGACAACUUCGCAGGAUGGAAAUCUACGACAAGUGAAGGUUGAAGUACUUGGAAUUUUAAAUCCCGAUACCGGUGAACUAAGAUUGAGAGCCUGUGAACCGGUUCAGGAUAACGAUCGUACUGUUAAACGAAGAUUUAAUAAUAUCCUCCAGCCUUUGAAGGAUUGGGUGGAUAGAGAGUCGAAAAUUCUUACUGAUUUCACCGUUGACAAGGGCAUUCUCCAUGAUUUAGGAUUCAAUCAAGUGGUUCAGGUGGCGUACAAUAAUCAGACCUCACGUCACCAGAAUAGUAAUUAUCAAGUGAUGGAGUACCUUCGUAAAAUUGUUCCCAGAAUGUUUCAAAAUACACUGAGCCUCCUCAGCAGGCAAAUGAUUCAGCAAUUUCUUGAUGAACUCGUCUGGAGGGAAAUGUUCGGUACAACUGCAUCCCGAGCAUUUCACAGUAUUAUUAGCCACAUAGCUGAGCAAACUCGGGCUUCAACAGGUGAAAAUCUUCUGGAUCGUCUCAGUAAAAUUGCAGCUAAUCCAUUUAAUGACUGGUCUUACUCGCAAUUCAUUACAAGAGAUUCUUUCUCUACCAAUGAAGCCCGGGAUCCAAUAAUACUUUCAAGUGAUACCAACGAACCCCAAAUAGUUACUCUAAAAUCCUCAACUCAGCCCACCAGAAGAAAUCGAAAACGUGUGAUGAAUGCUUCAAAUGCCUCGGACGUAAAACGCCACAGUCCAGAUAUUAGAAUCGAUAUAAAGGAUUUGGAGAAGGUUGAACAAAUUCCCCUUCAUGAAUUUUAUUACGGAACAAUCGAAGGUGAUAAGUCUUUCUCGAAGGAAGAAAAACGUUUUGCCUCGUUCACGUGCUUCCUCUGUCCCACCAUCAUGAAAUCAAAUACUGAAGUUAUGGAUCACAUGAUUAAACACGUGCCUCAUCGUGUAUCAGGACAAUUACAUUCACACGUCUGUCGAUACUGUUGUGCGGCUUUUUCAUCCAGGCAUAUGAUGGUGACGCACAUCGCUGAGACACAUAGUACUUUUGGUAAUAUCGAUGGACAUAUGGUUGUUUGUGGAAUCUGUGAACAAAAAUUUGCCAAUUCAAAUCUAUUAGUAGCACACAUGGGCACAACACAUUCAUCAUCGGAAAUGCCAUACCGCUGUGAGAACUGUGGAUACAGAACAUCAAGUCAUAAAGAUGCAGUUGAUCAUUUUUAUAAGGUUCACGAAAGAGGGGAUUCCCUACAAUGUCCUUAUUGUUUAAAGAUAAUGCAAUUUUGCAUAGACGGAGUUGCUAUUUCUGCCAAUAUUCAGGCUUAUUUGGUACACAUGCAGCGACACGUACUCAGGAGGGAGCAGGGAAAGGGGAACAAGUGCUCCAGAUGCUGUCUUUGGUUCAAUCAGAAGAGCUCCCUCAAGCAGCAUCAAGCAGAUCUUCAUAUACCCUGGGUUGGCAACAAAGAUACGCCUACAAUAUCCGACGGAAAACGCAUAAUGAUUCCUAAAUUCAGGCAUCAAUUGAAGCGAAUUGAUUUAGGUGCUAUUCCUCCAGAAUUACCGGACGAGGAGGAAUUUCACAGAUGGAACAGUCCUGUUAUUGUUAAUGUACCGAAUUCACUGUAUCAUUUUCGUUGUCAAGAGUGUGAGGAGGAUAUCGAUGAAGAGGAUCAUUACCCUGGAGAGCAGAAGUGUAAUCAAUGUCGGUAUGUCACGUGCUGUUGGAGAGCUUUCAAAGAACAUCAACAGCAGAUUCAUAAUGAACGACCUAUGACUAGUCUUAUUGUUCCUUCUCCACUCAUUAAUAUUCCACUUGAGAAGAAAAUGAAGUGCUCGUGCGGGUAUGGAACUAAGGAUGGUAAUUUAUUGGCUACACAUUUUGUUAAGUGUAAAAAAGUGUCGGGGGGUAUUGAUGGCCGGGGCUCAACGGGAAUGCUCGAUAGCCUCGGCCUUGUACCUAAAAAUGCAACAUGAAGACGUUGAUGAAAAUCGAAAAUACAUUUUUUCAUGUAAUUAUCAUUUCGAGAAAAUUAAUGAUUUGUCUAUAAUUGAGGGUGAGACUAUUCCAAAUUGAUUAUCCUACAUAUAAAAAUAUGUCAUUGUGCCCAUUUGAUACAUUAGUCUACGAAUAAAUCUUUAUCAUCAUUUUCAUCAUCAUUAUUAUUAUUGCCGUGGCUUUAUUCAUUCAUGUGAUUUUUUAGAAUUUCUAAAAUGAAUUAUUAGACAGAGAGAUCUGACGAUUAUUCUGGAAAUAUUUAUGCGAAGAUACCCAGUGAUUCGAUUGGAGAGGAAAUUUUUUUAUUUGGACAUUGCAGGAUUUUGCGUUAUUACACUUUCAAAGAUUGUGACCGAAGAGUAAUUCUGCCAACAGCCAUGAUCGGGUGUUCUCCUUCGACGUUUUGAAUCAUGUCCAUUAUUUGUCCCUUUGUAUCAAUGCCAAGUAAUUCAGGUAAAUAAAUAAGCAAUUAAAUUGUUUACGCUUUAUGAUUUUUUAUUUUUAAUAAUGUUUGAAUUUUUACGUAAGAAUUAUUCCCGGCUGAUGGAUAAGUCAAACGAUAGUCAGAACUGAAUACUAAUAAUAAUGGCCAUAUAUGUUAUUUUCAUGAUUUAUCAGAAAAAAAUUACAGACUUAACAAACAGUUUAAACGAUUCAUUCUACUGUUGUUAGUAACUUCCGAAUUGAGGUUUAAUAAAAUUUAACCAACUCCUUAUCAUUCUCUUGAUUCUACCAAUGUUUGUGAAUGUGUUAAUCUUGUCCUUAAUUUUAGUAUUUUUACAUUUUUUUUUGCAUUUUUGUCGUUUAACAUUUUUUUAUUACAUUUUUAUUUUUAUUUUUGUCUGCUGAGUAACACAGAUGCCGCACUUGUUAACGUCAAUACUUCA